CAAAAUCGUCCCAUUAGAUAACUAACUUAUCAUCAUAAAUAUAAACAGAAACGAAACCGAUAUUUAAUACAUUUUUCGGAAGGGAGCAACAAUGCCGCUCAUUAGAAUUGUGCUUCUGAGUGUUUAUUUCACUUUAAUUAGCGCUAAUUUUAUACGAGUUAAUAACACGGGAGCAGAAAAUCUCGUUUUGAUACUUGAAGGUGUAGGGCAUCCUCCUAGUGCCGGCGUCCUGAUUACAGCCGGUAAUUACACAGAGCUUAUUACUCUGAACGAGUGGGAAGGCAGCUUUUACACUUAUCCCGAGGAAUGUUUGAACGCACAAUGCAAUUAUCCUGUGAGCAGAGUCAGUGUUGCUUUCGAGAGGUGGAUGUUUGGCGGCUUUUACGAUUUUUUUAUGGUCGAUCUCAACCGCGGAUUCAACGUUCCGGCAUCCAUAAAGUCAAUCACUCGACCCGACUGCGAUGUCAUUAGUUGCGAAGCCAAUCUCCUGGAACUUUGUCCCGAAGAGGAUCAGAUUAAAAACGACAAAAACCAAACUGUUUCUUGCCGAACCUCCGCGCUUAAUUACCGCACUUUCAAAGAGAAAUGCCCCCACGCACGAGUGGACGGGAGUGAAUUGGAUCUGGGCAUUUGUGCAUCUAUGAAUUACGAGCUCACGUUCGGUUGAUUUUAAUCUAGUCGGAGAAUAAACCAAUUCGGGGCGA